AUGAUUGCGCCUAACGAAGCAGAUGGCGCAAGUCUGGCGUCUUCAUCUAAUUCACGGAGAAGGAAACCACCCAAACUACGACGUGAACGACCUCAACAACAUGGUCUUGAUGAAGCAGCUGAGAAGGCACCAAAUGGCGAUAUGGAAAGUACUGAAAAACAAGCCUUCGUCCCAAAGACGUCAGAGGAUGCAUCGAACGUUGAUGGUACAUCAGAAGGGGAGUCAGCAGCCACCGAGCCUCAGUUGCAUCCGGUCCUUCAACAAAGGCAGACUCGUCGCUUGAACAAGCCGUUCCACGACGACGAGGAAGGCGAAGUCGCUGAGCAUGACGAUUUUUUCUCCACUGCUGGACGUCAGAGACCGAGACGAGUCCGACGCGGCGAGCAACAACUCGUCCCCCUAAACACUAUUGAUAAUGUUGGGAGAACGGUCGGGCAGUCUGGCGCUUUGGUGCCGAAUAGAACUGAGGGCGCUGUGGGCAGGAUUACAGAUACGAGUGGACGAGUUCUGGGGAGGACGUCGGAGCAAAACGAGCCGCAAAAGAAGGAGAAAGAUGAACAGUUGAGGCUGCGCUUGGAGUUAAACUUAGACUUGGAGGUCGAGUUGAAAGCGAAGAUCUCAGGGGAUCUGACGCUCUCAUUACUGUUAGUGACUGCCACUGCUCACUGUGACUUGGAGGUCACUUGA